AGCUUCCCCAUCUGGAGAAGCCCAGGUGAACAUUCCCAGUUUACAGAUGAGGAAACUGAAAUCCCCAAAGAAAGAAAUCCUCCACCAUGCAAACUCCUGGUCUGAUGCCUCUGCUGCUUGUGUCCAUGGGCCUCGUGAAAGCAGUUCAGGUAAGGCCCUUGCACUGACCCUGCCCGAGGGAGUGGAGCUGUGUGCUGCUUCUGCAUACGGGGAGCAGCGGAGGAAGCAGAGCAACCUGGUGCCUCUGGCCUUUGGGGACCGUCCCUGCACAGGGGACAGCCACAGAUGCUGAUCCUGAGGAGUUUGCAGCUGCCAGUUUCCAUCCUAUCUCCUCCAGGCCCAGCAUCUCGCCGUCACACGCCGCGAUCUCUUCUCCCAAGAGACGCCCCUGGACAUGGCCCCGGCCUCCUUUGACGACCAGUACGCCGGCUGCUCGGCAGCCAUGACGGCCGCCCUGGCGGAGCUCAACCGCACCGAGUUCCAGACCAACCAGGUCUACGCCGACGGCUGGGCCAUGGCCAGCGGCCAGUGGCGGGAGCGCCGGGCCUGGGGGCCCGAGUGGGGGCUCAGCCCGCCGCGCCCGCCGCCCGCGCCGCCCGGCUUCCGCGAGGAGCACGGCGUGGCCCUGCUGGCCUACACGGCCAACACGCCGCUGCACAGGGAGUUCAACGCGGCGGUGCGCCAGGCCGGCCGCUCCCGCGCGCACUACCUGCAGCACUUCCGCUUCAAGGCGCUGCACUUCCUGCUGACCGACGCGCUGCGGCUGCUGCGCGGGGCCCCGGCGGCCGGCUGCCGCCAGGUGUUCCGCGGGGUGCAUGGCCUGCGCUUCCGGCCCGCGGGGCCCGGCGCCACCGUGAGGCUGGGCGGCUUCGCCUCGGCGUCUCUGCAGAACGUGGCCGCCCAGCAGUUCGGCCAGGACACCUUCUUCGGCAUCUGGACCUGCCUCGGGGCGCCCAUCGGGGGCUACUCCUUCUUCCCCGGCGAGGAGGAGGUGCUCAUCCCCCCCUUCGAGACCUUCCAGGUGGUGAACGCCAGCAGGCCCCCGCACGGCCCCGCGCGCAUCUACCUGCGGGCCCUGGGCACGCGCAGCACCUACAACUGCGAGUACAUCCGAGAUAAGGAGUGCAGGUCAGGGCGCUGCCAUCUGGAUAACUCAGCCACCGGUCAGGGUUCCCUUUCCUUGGUCUGGUCACUUCUACUGCUGCUCUGGUUCCUUGAGUGGGCGCCCUUCCAGGAAGUCCAGACCCCUGAUCUGCCGCAUGGAAGAGCCCACCUGCCAUCUGUGCCCCAUACCAGGACUCUGGCCACCGCCAGUGACCCAAGUGCACUGGGUCUGUGCCAGCUCCAUAUCGCGGAACUCUGGAGCCUUCUUAGGUGGCUGCCAGGCUUUGCUGGUGGAGAUAGAGGAGACCAUUCGGUCCUGAGCUUUUCCUAGGGCUCUUCGAAUGAGAGCUGAACUGAGGGGCAUAUGUGUAUAUGUAUAACUGAGGCCUGGCCCAUGUGUUCUUACACUGCACACACACGCUCGUGUGCACACACACACACACACACACACACACACGGAGACACAACACAGCACUAAAGCUUCUCUGUUGCCUUAGCACCUCC